AUGCCAGCUAAAGGGAAAUACUUCUUCAACGAGAGCGAUGACUGCAGGAUAUCAGACCCGCUCUACGAGAAGUACCGCUACACCAGCCAGCAGCAUCCCCUCCUGCUGCUGCUGCUCUUCAUUGCCAUCCUCUUCUGGACUACUCUAAUUAUCAUCUUCUUUGUUACUGCUGAAGCACACUCCCACCUUGCCUUCAUCAUCGCCGUGUGUGCUGCCCUGGCCGUGUUUGCAGUCAUGUACUUACUGCUGUGCAUGGAAUCCCUCUUUCGGAGGUGGCUCUCCUUGUUUGGAGUGAUGAUUUGGAUCUGCUUCCUCACUGUGGGAUAUGUAUCCCUUUUUGAGAAAGGAAGUGAUUAUCAGCUGUGGGAACAGGUGCCGUUCUUUCUGUUCAUAAUCUUCACAGUUUAUACUAUGCUACCCUUUGGGAUGAGAGGUGCUGUCACAAUUAGUGUUGUUUCUGCUCUCUCCCAUAUUGUUGUUCUAACUGUGGUGAGUGUGACUUCCCAAAAAAAAAAGGAAUUAAUUUCAUUUCAGCUCCUUGCCAAUGCUGUCAUUUUCCUUUGUGGCAACUUGAUGGGUGCAUUUCACAAACGCCAAAUGCAGGUUGCGUCGUGGGAUUUGUACAGAUACACCUUAAAAUGCAUUCAGGUGCGAAUGAAACUGAAGAUUGAAAAGAGGCAACAAGAAAAUUUGCUUUUAUCUAUCUUGCCUGCUCAUAUCUCUAUGGAAAUGAAGCUGGCAAUCAUUGAACGACUGAAGGAAACUAAUGACAACAGGCAAAUGCAUGACAACAACUUCCACAGCCUAUAUGUAAAAAGGCACCAAAAUGUUAGCAUCCUUUAUGCAGACAUUGUAGGAUUCACUCGCCUUGCCAGUGACUGCUCUCCUAAGGAACUUGUAGUGAUGCUGAACGAACUCUUUGGAAAGUUCGAUCAGAUUGCAAAGGAGAAUGAAUGCAUGAGAAUAAAAAUCCUGGGAGACUGUUACUACUGUGUCUCAGGCCUGCCUGUGUCCUUACCAGUUCAUGCCAGGAACUGUGUUAAAAUGGGGCUCGACAUGUGUGAAGCAAUAAAGCAGGUGAGAGAAGCCACGGGCGUGGACAUCAACAUGAGAGUUGGGAUCCACUCUGGGAACGUGCUGUGCGGGGUGAUCGGCCUGAGGAAGUGGCAGUACGAUGUGUGGUCACACGACGUGUCGCUGGCCAACCGCAUGGAGUCCGCCGGAGUGCCGGGCCGUGUGCACAUCACUGAAGCAACAUUAAAUCACCUAGGCAAAGCUUAUGAAGUAGAAGAAGGGAAUGGACACCUGAGGGAUCCUUACCUUGAAUCCAUGAAUAUCAAAACCUACUUAGUGGUCGAUCCAAGGUCCAAACAAUGCCUAUCGAACAAUCACCUCCCCAAAACCCGAGUGAACGACGGGCUGAAGAUGCGCGCGUCCGUGCGGAUGACGCGGUACCUGGAGUCCUGGGGAGCAGCCCGGCCCUUCGCCCACCUCAGCCACAGGGAGAGCGUCAGCAGCGACUCUUCCAGCUCCCAGGGCAGGCGCAGAAAGGAAAUACCUUUGUGUUCCACUGGGCGCCAGAGAACUUCAGAUAGAAAUUCAUCUCAGAAGGGAAGGAUAGAGGAAGACAUUUAUGAUGAAAUGAUGUCAACCAUUGAAGGCCUCAGUUCAACUACCCCAUGGUGUGGCAGAUCAGAUGACUUCUGUGGAUUCUCACUGAUCUUUGCAGAACCUGGUCUUGAAAAAGAGUAUCGCACCAUUCCUAUUCUAAAACUCAAGAGUUACUUCGUGUGUGCCAGUUUUGUGUUCCUCUGUAUAUUUGUGAUCCAGAUGUUUAUCAUGCCAAAAACUGCAAAACUGGGAAUUUCCUUUGGAGUUGUUGCAGUCAUAAUUGUGCUUAUUUUGUUUGUGUGCUUUGCUGAGAAAUGUCUGAAGUGCUGCUCAGAUCAGUGGCCUCUCCUUCACCAUCUGUGUGCUGUCUCAGAAAAGGUGGAAACAAUGCCUUUACUCAGGCUGCCUUUAGCAUUCAUCACUAUAGCUUCCUUGCUCAUUAUAGCCAUUUUUAAUUUGACUGCCGAAAAGAACAAGCCUGCCAACUUUACUGGAUCAAAUGACCUGAGUGGUACCACCUAUACUUUUGGAAACACAACUCAUUCCUGCAUAGAGGAAACUUAUUAUGCUUACUGCUGUAUAUUGGGGUUCAUUGCCUGCUCAGUGUUUCUUCAAAUGAGCUUCGAACUCAAAGUUCUCCUCCUGUCCAUUGCUGUGACUGUCUACCUCAUCAUUUUUAAUACCCUUCAGCACAAAGACAUCUAUGGCAACAGUACCAGGUUUUUCAUCAAAGAGCCAAGGAUAAUGACCAAUUUAUAUCUGGUUCUGUUUUACAUAACCCUAGUUUUACUUGCAAAACAGAUUGAUUAUUACUGUCGACUGGAUUGUCUGUGGAAGAAUAAGUUUAAAAAGGAACAUGAACAAUUUGAAACUAUGGAGAAUGUUAACAGGCUUUUGCUGGAAAAUGUACUUCCAGCACACGUUGCUGCAUAUUUCAUUGGAGAAAAACGAAAUGAGGACUGGUACCAUCAAUCCUACGAUUGUGUCUGUGUCAUGUUUGCAUCAGUUCCAGAUUUUAAAGUGUUUUACACAGAAUGUGAUGUCAAUAAAGAAGGCUUGGAAUGCUUGAGGCUGUUAAAUGAAAUCAUUGCUGAUUUUGAUGAGCUCUUGUUAAAACCUAAAUUUAGUGGUGUUGAAAAAAUAAAAACAAUUGGAAGCACUUACAUGGCAGCAGCUGGUCUCAGUGUUACACCAGGCCAGGAGAACAACCAGGACAGGGAAAGGCAGCACGCUCACAUUGGGAUUAUGGUGGAGUAUGGAAUUGCCCUGAUGAGUAAACUGGAUGGCAUCAACCGACAUUCCUUUAACAACUUCCGCCUACGUGUUGGGAUCAAUCACGGCCCGGUGAUUGCUGGUGUGAUUGGUGCCCGGAAGCCUCAGUAUGACAUUUGGGGCAACACUGUUAAUGUUGCCAGCCGAAUGGAGAGCACAGGGGAGCUUGGCAAGAUCCAGGUCACAGAAGAAACAAGCAAAAUACUACAGGAGCUGGGAUACUCAUGUGAAUGUAGGGGACUCAUUAAUGUCAAAGGCAAGGGAGAACUGAGGACUUACUUUGUUUGCACUGAGACAGCCAAAUUCCAAGGCAUGGGACUGAACUGAGGCUACAAUGAAGUUAAU